AUGUUAAAUCUAACCUCACCAAAGAGGAGGGAAAAGCUAUAUAAGGACGAAAGCAUAGUUAUCAAAGAGGCCGACAAAGGAGGCGGGGUAGUCAUCAUGAAUAAAGUAUUUUAUGAACGUAAAAUUUUGAAUAUGCUGCAGGAUCCCGUCUACUAUAGAACUAUUAAUGCAAAUCAGGAGAAAAAAACGUUAGCAAAGAUAAAACAACUUGUCAGUGGGCCAUCUUCCGGGAAUAUGACUGCUAAGGAGAAAGACUAUCUAACAAACUUCGAUACCAGUGAGAGUCAAUUUUAUGGAUUACCAAAAGUACAUAAAUCAUCGGAAAUCAAAAACGCAAUACAUGCUCAAAAAGGAGAAUACAUUUGCUGUCCUAAUCCAGAAGAUCUCUCUUUUCGACCCAUCGUAGGGGGACCUAAUUGUUCAACACAAAGACUUAGUCACAUAUAUCCAGAUUUACUACAAGAUCGUUUUGAGAAAGAAUUUAUAUUGGAAGGAUUAAGAAUAAUACUUCUAAACAAUACCUUCGCCUUUGGAAAAGAUCAUUUUAUACAAACAAAAGGAACAGCGAUGGGGACAAAAGUGGCUCCCACAUAUGGCACUUUAACCUUAGGAUAUCUCGAACAGAAACUACAUCACCAACUAGCCACUCUAUGGGGAGAGGAAGAUGCUGAAUCUAUAAUAUCAAAAUGGAAAAGAUUUCUGGAUGAUUGUUUUAUUCUAUGGAAUGACAAUGUUGACAGAUUAUCCGUUUUCCAGCAGUUGUUAAACGGCUUGGGUUCUAAUAUCAGAUUUACAAUGGAAAGCAGUGAUACUAAAUUACCUUUUCUUGACGUCCUAGUCAUCAAAGAAGAUACAAAACUUUCUACGGAUAUCUAUUACAAAUCAACUGACACCCACCAUUACCUACAUUUUGCUUCCUGUCACCCUCACCAUACAAAAACAGCAAUCCCUUACAAUCUUGCUAGACGUUUAUGUGCUAUCGUUAGCGAUGAUAACACUAGAGAUAUCCGACUGAAAGAGCUCAAGUCGUACCUUAUAAAACAGGAAUAUCCUGAAACCCUCAUAGAUAACGGUAUAUUGAAAGCCAAAGGAUAUACACGAUCUGAAUUACUGUCUACAAAGAGCCAGGAAAAUAAAACGGAAAUUAUUCCAUUUGUGCAAACUCACAACCCACGGAAUUAUAACUUGACCUCUAUAUUUCACCAACUGAACAACAUUCUUAAAGAUGACAUAUCAACAAAACGAAUAUAUAAAGAUGUAUACGACUGGUGUUUGAAUAUGGUGAUAAGCAAGCGGUUCAAGCCACCUGAUGGUGCUGAGCAAUUGUUGGCCAAAGUUCACCAUUCACCUGAAUUCACCACCAACCAAUUCAGCCAAUCCCAAGGCAAGAUUGUCACCCUCACCGAGGGAAUGUCCACACACGAGAGAGUUUUACCGAACUGCAAUGAAUAUCAACACUUUCUUCUUCAGGAAAACUGCGCACGAAAAAUCCAUGUACAUUUCAGAAGGCAGAAAGAUUUGUUCAAAGAAACAUUCCAGCAAAAACUCUUCUUUUGUGAAGGUUUUCAGCGGAAAUGA